GCCCGUGAGAGAGACUUCGUGCCAGUGAUAGCACUACUGCCCGGGGCCCAGUGCUGAGGGGCGGCAGGCGGGAUGUGAUAGCGCUGCGGGAGUCCCGGUGCCUGUGGGCAUGUCUGGGGAGGGCAUGGGGUGUGCUACUAUGUGUGGUAUUGUUGGGCAUUUGUGUCUGGUCUCUGGUGUCAUGAAAGAAAGGGGUAUUACUGCUAGACAGGGGCGCGGGCAACGGGCAUAAGAGGGUGGCUGCGGAGCACAGGGGGCAAUGAAAGAAAAGGAGGGUGACUGGUGGGCUCAGUGGGCAUCACAAGAAAAGGUGGAUGAUUGCCGGGCAUAGGGGCAUUGGAAGAAAAAGGAGGCUGACUGGUGGGCCCAGUGGGCGACACAAGAAAGUGAGAACCGCAACAGAGGGAAAGGUGGAUGACUGCCGGGGGAAGAAGAGAAAGAGACGAGACAGGAGGGUGAUGUUGGGCACAGGAGGCAGUGGAAGGAAAGGAGGAUGACUGCUGGGUAUAAGGGGUAUUGGAAGUCAGGGAGGAUGAUGGCUGCUGGGCAAUGAAAGGGAGGUAGAGUGACUGCCUGGCACAGGGUGCAAUAACUGGAGAGAAUAUAACGGCAGGGCAUAAGCAAUAAAAGGGAGGGAGGAGGAUAAUGGCUGGGCACACACAGGGUGCAACAAAUGGUGGAGGGAGGAUGGCUGCUGGGCACAGGGGGCAACAAAUUCCAUUGUAAAGCGCAACGGAAUUUGCUGCGCUAUGUAAGAAACUGUAAAUAACUGGGGAUGGAGGAUGCUGGGCUCAUGGGGCAAAGGAAGGAGGUGAAAUUGACUUAUAGAUACAGGGAAAUGGAAGGAAGGGGGGAUGACUUGUGGGCCAAAGGGGGAGGUUACUGCUGGGCAGUGGGUUCAAAGGAUGAAGGAGAUUGCCUGCUACAAAGAAGUGCUAUAGAAGAAAGUACCUGGGCAGAGGAUAGCACUUCCAGACCAUGAUCAAAUCCAAGCUGAACGUGUUAACCCUUCGUAAAGAGCCGAUCCCAGCGGUGAUCUUCCACGGGCCAGAAGCGAUUGAACUUUGUUCCGCAACCCCACUCAUAAAGCCCCGGCCGCAAGCCGGAUGCAAGGUGACUUAUCUGGGGAAAAUCUCUGCAACAGGAGUCAAGUUCUCAUCGGGCUGCACAGAGCAGCUAGUGAUCGAAUUGUGGAAGAACCACACUCUGGCACGUGCUGAUGUGUUCCCCUCUAAUGCCAUCCUUGAAAUCCGUCCCUUCCAGGUACGACUCCACCACCAAGACCUCAAGGGUGAAGCUACUGUGCACAUGGACACGUUCCAGGUGGCACGGAUUGCCUACUGCACAGCAGAUCACAACGUAAGUCCCAACAUCUUCGCCUGGGUAUACAGAGAAAUCAAUGAUGACCUGACCUUCCAGAUGGAUUGCCAUGCGGUGGAGUGCGAGAGCAAGAUAGAAGCCAAAAAGCUGGCACAUGCUAUGAUGGUGGCAUUCAAUAAAACCUUCCACAGUAUGAAGAGCGAUGGGCGAAUCCACAAGGACAGCUCCUCCGAAGAGACGUCUCAGGGAUUCGAGUCUGAUGAUGGCUGAACGCACUUGGUCCUGUUCCCGGAUUAGGCAUCAACAGUCUGGAGCAGCAGCAGAUGAUGGGAGGUCUGUAUUGGGAAUGGGACCACAAGACAUUUGCUCGGCCGCUUCCUGCAGAAUACCAUAGCAUCUACAGAGUGUCUGUUACAAUGCUGCUUUCCCAAAAAAUGUGACCACACUUUAUCCCUAACCUCUCCAAUUGGAGCCUGGUAGUUUUUAAAGAUUUGAACAAUCUAAUGUUGACGCCAGUUGCCUUGGAAACCCAUGGAUCCACUGUCAUUUCAGAAAGAAUGGAUCACUAUUUUACACGCAAUGAAAACUCCAGUUGAAUCGGACCAAGCCCCAUUUUUAUGAGUGAAAAAAAUUAAAUUAAAUGUUAAUUUUAAGCAUU